AAAAAACACAUAAAUAAAAAUCUGCCCAAAUUCAUUCCCCCGACUUUCUCUCCCUUCGAUUUUUCCCAUUUUGCGAAUUCCUCCCGGAGACUGAAUCGGAGAAUGGCCGACGCCUCGCCUGAGCAUACCCAGACGGAGGAGACCCCCGUCGCCGCCGUGUCGGACCAGAAUUCAUCGUCAUCCUCACCGUACUGGUGUUAUCACUGUGAUAAGCGGGUCUCAAUUGAAACCCUAGCCGACCAACCCGAUGUCAUAUGCCACGAGUGCAAGAACGGUUUCGUCGAGUCCAUCGGUCCGCCGCCGCCUCCUGCUCCUGCCUCCAGAGUCUCCGACCCGAUGGACGACCCGACCUUUGGCAACCAGUUCCUCCAAGUCCUUAGACUCAUCGCUCAGGCCGCGCGUGACGAAGACGCUCCACCACGUCCUCCUUCUGAGCACGCCGCGAACUCCGACGACGAUUAUCUCCGAAUCGAACUUGAUGGUUGGGACGACGAUGAUGACGAGGACGAGGACGACGAGGACGACGAUGACAAUGAAAUUGAAGUCACAAAUGAGGAUUUGGACGACAACCAAGAGAGGGAUCCAUCGGAUGAUGGAAAUCAGGACCGAUCGGAGGACGAGGAAGAGGAAGAGGAAAACGAAGGAGAUGUGAAUGAGGAAAAUGAGGCUCGGGAAGAAUGGAGAGACGAAGAAGAUUUACGGCGUAGGCGCCGUGAUGUGCUCCGGCUUCGGCUCCGGGACUUUGCUACGCGAGCUGCAAACCGUCGCAAUAGGAUUCUUGAUUGGGCUGAGAUUCUUAUGGGUCUGGAAGACCACUCCAUUGAGCUCCGGUUAGCCGUACCUGAAGGCGAGGGAUACAUAGGGAACCCAGGUGAUUAUGUGGACGCUGCUGGCUACGAGGCAUUGCUGCAGAACUUAGCCGAGAAUGAUAGCUCUGGAAGAAGAGGAGCUCCCCCAGCUGCAAAAUCAGCUGUAGAAGCAUUAGAAACUGUGGAAAUUAAAACCGAAUCCCAAGUAUUGGCCUGUGCUGUGUGUAAAGAUACAGUUGGAGUCGGCGAAAUGGCGAAGAGAUUGCCCUGCGGCCAUGGGUACCAUGGUGAUUGUAUAGUUCCUUGGCUGGGGUCGAGGAAUACUUGUCCUGUUUGUAGGUUUGAGUUGCCCACGGAUGAUCCCGAGUACGAGGAGGAAAGAAAGAAGAAUAAAGCCGCCACAUCAACUUCUUCCCCUUCUUCUUCUGGGGCCAAUGGUAAUGGGAGUGGUGAUUACGAGAAUCAUCUACUCUGAUGAUCAUAGUGCUAGUGUAUAAGUAUAAUUUUUCCCAUUUGAGCAAUUAUUUUGUGUUUUUUUUUGUUGGUUAGUGUUAGCUUUUUCCUUUCUUCUUUGCAUUUUUUUCCCCUGAAAAUUCUUGCUCGACUGCUUUUCUGUUUAUCUUUGUGGUGGAUCAGCUCAAGGAAUUGUAAACUCUUUCUGCUUUACUUUUCAGUGUAUAUAGAAUUUACUCAAUUGGAACUCAAGAUAUUGGUCCAUUUUAUUUUAUUUGAUUUGGUGGCUAGCUUGUUACUGUAUUGAUGUGUUUGAUUUGGGGGCUAGCUUGUUUCUGUAUCCAUUUGUUUGUUUGGGCACCGUGUCGAAACCAAAUAUGAUGAAGCUAGAUAUAGAUUGAUAAAUUUGUGAUGAUUCUUAUGAGAAGGUGUACUUCAAAAUGAGGUGGUGUUUCCCGUCACACAUUGUAAACUUGUGGCAAUUUAUUUGGUGAUGUCUGCUGGAGCGCUUUAGGAAUUUAAACAUGUGUUGAUUGAAGUUUGGUUUCUGCCUGGCCAAUUUAUUGCCAUUUUAGGUUCUGGUCUGAAUCUAACUAUGUCUUUUCGCUGAAUGUCGGACACCAUACUCAUGGUUCUUUUGUGUUGAGUUUUGAUAGUUGCGAAUUCAUCAGCUGAACCUAUUAUGCGAAAACUCCGUCUUAUUUCUUAUUUUUAGCAAGUCUUCAUCAAUCAAUUCUUAAAUGUUUUUAAUAAUAGAUUUCAAAAAAUGGUCCCUUAGUAGCUUGAUCCAUGCUUAAGUUAGAAUAGACAUCUAGUAUUUAGUUUUUAGAUGGCUAGACUAGAGUUCCUUAGUGACCAGGAUGCCAGGCCUGAAAUAUUGAAGUCAGUUUUCUUUGCCGCAAGCAUGCAUUCACUGAUUAACUGUUAUAGACACUGCCUUCGUAGAUAAGGGUCUGAAUGAUGCUAUAGUCUGUCUAAUGGUACUGACUUCAUCAUGGUGAACAUAACUAAUGGCUAUGCUAGUAGAUGACAAGCUUCUGGUAGCAUGAAACGCCGCGAUAUGCUGAAUGUAGAUUGCAGUAGGGUAGUCGGCUUCAUCUUGUAUCUGUUUCUUGUCACUAGUUCUUAUUUCGGGAAUCAUUUUAGGACCUGUGAACUUGUAGCGGUAGAAACUAGAAACUCCUAGAGGGUUGUUCAUGAGACUAGUUUUCCCUUCUGGAAUCAUGGCUUCUUGGAAUCAUGACUAGUUUUUACUUCUGUUAUAUAUAAAUGGCCAUUUGGACCUGCGCGCCUGUAACUAUGGUUCUUCGGACUAUAUUUUUUACUUCUGGGAUCAUGGUUUUUUGGACGGUUGAUCUUUAUUAUUAUUAUUAUUUUUUUUUGGUAAACCUGU